AUGGGUGAUAACCUAGUGUACGCGGUUCGCGCCAGUACCGGUGUUAGUCUAAAACGUGGCUUGUCAAAAGACCCGGUGACAAUAUUUAAUCAAACCUCAUCAAAAGAGAUCUCAUGCAAUGUGUUUGCCUACUCAAAUAAUGGUCAGCUAUUCGCGUAUUGUGAUAAUCAAAUCACACGGUGUUUCGAAAUUUCGACUGGACGACAGAUUUUGAGUGUCGAAUUGAAGCGGACGAGAAAAUUGGUUUUUUCGCCAAAAGACACGCAUCUGUUCGUUUUUGAACCUUAUACAAUUUACGGGAAAAAACAGGAGGGACAGAAGCCCGAGGAUAAUUUGAGCGUUUUUUCGUUGGUUGAUGGCGGGAAGAUGGUGGCGAAAUUAAAGGCGCCUAAUGAGGCUAAUUGGGAUGUUCAGGUAUAUAAAUUGUUGGAAAAAUGGGAAAAGAGUCGAGCGAAGCGAGUAUAAACCGGAAGCUUCCGCGAAGCGGCCACGUGGUUUACUAUGAUAUGGCAAACGUCAUAGUAAUCCGCGUGGCCGCUGCGCGGAAGCUUGCGGUUUACACUCGCUCCGCUCGAAAACCUUUUCCAAGUCCUAUUCUGAAAUAUCUGAUAAAAAUCUGAAAAACUGGAGAAAUUCCAGUAUUUUUCAGAUUUUUAUUGGAAUUUCAGCGAAGAUGCGGAAGCUAUGCCCAAAUUUCGAGCGGAGCGAGUGUAGACCGCUACCUUCCGCGGAGCGGCCCUGUCUUCCGCUUUAGCGGCCACGUGGUUUACUAUGAUAUGGCAAAAGUCAUAAUAAUCCGCGUGGCCGCUGCGCGGAAGCUUGCGGUCUACACUCGCUUCGCUCGAAAACCCUUACAAGUUCAUUUCUGAAAUAUCUGAUAAAAAUCUGGAAACUGGAAUUUCCAGCACAAAUUAAGGGACGAUUUAGUAACUAUUAAUUAGUUCCUGAAUCGUCCAUUAAUUUGUGCUGAAAAUUCCAGCAUUUUUCAGAUUUUUAUCGGAAUUUCAGCGGAGAUGCGGAAGCUAUGCUCAAAAUUCGAGCGAAGCGAGUGUAAACCGCAAGCUUCCGCGUUAGCGGCACUAUAUUCCGCUUUGGCGGUCACUUACGGUGGAAGUUAGCCUAAUUUGGCCGCUUCGUGGAAUUUUCCGCUCGAAAAUCAUCUUCCAUGUACUUUUCUGAAAUAUCCGAUAAAAAUCUGAAAACUGGAAUUUUCAUCACAAAUUAUGGGACGAUUUAGUAACUAUAAACUAGUUUCUGAAUCGUCCCAUAAUUUGUGCUGAAAUUUUCAGCAUUUUUCAGAUUUUUAUUGGAAUUUCAGCGGAGAUGCGGAAGCUAUGCCCAAAUUUUGAAUUAUCUACUUAAAAUCAACCUAUUUUCAAUUUCAGGUCACCGACGACGAAAGUUUGGCAGCUCGAAUUGUUGGCUCCGAAAUUCUGAUCUACACAAACAUGAACUUCGAACGAUACGAAUAUAAGUUUGUGGAGAAAGGAAUUCAGGGAUUUUCGCUAAGUCCAGGCGGUGCACCAUAUCAUAUUGGUGUUUAUACACCAGCUGAAGGGGUAAGCGAUGAUUUUGGAGGGAAAUUCAAAAAAAAAUCUGAUUUUCCAGAACAAUCCAGCGCGUGUCAAAGUCUUUCGAGUUACGCCAAGUUUCCCAGCCGUCGCAAAUCGCACUUUCUUCAAAUCCGACAAAGCUGUCAUAACUUGGAAUCAAAAGGGUAACGCAUUGCUCAUUUUAGCAUCUGUUGAAGUUGACAAAACUAAUCAAUCGUAUUAUGGGGAGCAAAGUGUGAGUUUUUUGCUAGAAAUCCCCCAAAAAUCUGAAAUUUUUCAGCUUUUCUUGAUCAACAUUCAAACUGAAGAAUCAACAAUUGUUCCAUUGGCAAAACAAGGACCAAUUUAUUCAGCGAAAUGGAAUCCGAAUGGGAAAGAAUUUGCUGUUUGUUAUGGACAUAUGCCGGCUAAAGUAAGACUGAAAAUGAGCUGAAAAUCUGGAUUUUGGACUGAAAUUCACCUGAUUUUCAGCGCUAGAAUACGAAAAAAUGGGCUGAAAAUGCUUGAAAAACAGUUUCAGCCCAUUUUUCUGUCAAAAUUUCGAUUUUUUGGUUCAAUUCCAACUGGAAAAUCUCGAUUUUCCAACGAAAAUUCAGAUUUUCUAGCUGAAACUAUGAUCAUACCAUGUGAUUUUCUGAAAUAUCCGAUAAAAAUCUGAAAAACUGGAGAAAAUCCAGCAUUUUCAGAUUUUUAUUGGAAUUUCAGCGGAGAUGCGGAAGCUAUGCCCAAAUUUCGAGCGAAGCGAGUGUAAACCGCUAGAUUCCGCAUCAGCGGCCACGUGGAUUGCAGAUUUUCCACGUUAUAGCAAUCCACGCGGCCGCUGCGCGGAAGCUUGCGGUCUACACUCGCUCCGCUCGAACAUCCAAGUUCUAUUCUGAAAUAUCCGAUAAAAAUCUGAAAAACUAGAGAAAAUCUAGCAUUUUUCAAAUUUUUAUUGGAAUUUCAGCGGAGAUGCGGAAGCUAUGCCCAAAUUUCGAGCGGAGCGAGUGUAAUCCGCUAGCUUCCGCGUAAGCGGCACUAUCUUCCGCUUUAGCGGCCACGUGGAUUACUAUGAUAUGGCAAACGUCAAAUUAAUCCGCGUGGCCGCUGCGCGGAAGCUUGCGGUCUACACUCGCUCCGCUCGAACCUCCAAGUUCUAUUCUGAAAUAUCCGAUAAAAAUCUGAAAAACUGGAGAAAAUCCAGCAUUUUCAAAUUUUUAUUGGAAUUUCAGCGGAGAUGCGGAAGCUAUGCCCAAAUUUUGAAUUUUUCAUGAAAAACUUUGGAUUUCAAGCCGAUUUUCAGCUUGACAAUAUACCAAAAUAUUAAUUUCAGGUCACAUUCUACAAUCCAAAAGGUAUUCCAAUUUUCGAAUGUCCCGAUGGACCAAGAAAUGAUAUAUUCUACAACGCAUUCGGAAAUAUCAUUUUGGUUUGUGGAUUCGGAAAUUUGAGCAAAGGAAAAAAUGGAAUUUUGGGAUUGUGAGAAGAAGAAAGAAAUUAUUGCUGUAAGUUUUUGUUGCCACGUGGAUUUGUCUGAAAAUCCGCCAUUUUUCUGCAGAUCGAAGUUCCAAAUACAACAUUAUUCGAAUGGGCUCCAGAUGGUCAACAUUUUGUCACUUGUACAACUGCUCCACGCCUCAGAAUUGAUAAUUCAUAUAGGUUUGAAUUUUCAGCCUAGAAACUCUGAAAAUCGAGUUUUUCUUGCAGAUUCUGGCAUUAUACUGGUCGAAUGAUUCAUGAAGUGCAAUAUGAUUCACCAAAAGAGGAACUUUGGGAGGUAAUUUGUGGUUUUUAGCUGGAAAUUCACCUAAAUUUCAAGAAAAAUCGAUAAUUUUCGACUAUAGACGUGUCCUAUGACGUGGCAAUUUGAAAAAUCCCAUUUUUGAUAGGAAAUAUCGAUUUUCUGGACAAAUCACAAUUUCCGAAGCUGUUUUUUCAGUGAAAAUAAGUUUGGAGGCUUGAAAAUCAACCUGAAAUUAAUAUUAUGAUGAAAAUUGACCAAAUACAUGAAUUUCUCAAAAAAUAUUAAUUUUAGGUUGAUUUUCAAGCCUUCAAACUUGUUUUUACCGAAAAAAUAGCAUUGGAAAUUGUGAUUUGGCCUGAAAUUGUCCAGAAAAUCGAUAUUUUCUGUCAAAAAUGGGAUUUUUCAAAUUUCCACGUCAUAGGACACGUUUCUAGUCAGAAAUUAUUGAUUUUUCGCGUUUCUUCAAUGAAAAUUAUCUGAAAUUAGCCUAGAAAGUAAGCCAGAUUCUGAAAUAUCCGAUAAAAAUCUGAAAAACUGGAAUUUCCAGCACAAGGGACGAUAUAGUAACUAUAAAUUAGUUUCUGAAUCGUCCCGUGCCGAAAAUUCCAGCAUUUUUCAGAUUUUUAUUGGAAUUUCAGCGGGGAUGCGGAAGCUAUGCCCAAAUUUCGAGCGAAGCGAGUGUAAACCGCAAGCUUCCGCGAAGCGGUACUGUCUUCCGCUUUAGCGGCCACGCCUAAGCCUUCGCUAGGUCCCUAAGGCUGUAGACAAUGCCGCUACGCGGAAUUUUCCGAUCCCCGCUCCAAUUCGAGAUUUCUUCCAGGUUCGCUGGCGUCCAAUGAGCGGCUACAACAAAUUCGAAAUCAAAGAAUUGUCAAAAACCGACAAAAUGGCCGCCGGUCUACCAAUUCGGAAGAAAGACGCCUCACAUCCAUUGAAUAAUGUACCGGCUGGAGCUGUAAAAGCUGCUGGAGCAUAUGUUCCACCACAUUUGAGAAAAAGUGGAGGACCUGCGACUAGUGGUAAGCUAGAAAUAUGGAAAAUUUUGGUGAAAAUCGAAAUUUUCCACUAUUUUGUUCAAUUCCAACGAAAAUUCAGUAAACCGCAAGCUUCCGCGUCAGCCGCCACGUGGAUUGCUAUGAUAUGGCAAACGUCAUAGCAAUCCGCGUGGCCGCUGCGCGGAAGCUUGCGGUCUACACUCGCUCCGCUCGAAUUCAAAGCCAGAUUCUGAAAUAUCUGAUAAAAAUGUGAAAAACUGGAGGAAUUCCAGCAUGUAAAUCGCAAGAUUCCGCGAAGCGGUACUAUCUUCCGCUUUAGCGGCCACUUACGGUGGAAGUUAGCCUAAUUUGGCCGCUUCGUGGAAUUUUCCGCUCGAAAAUCCACUUCCAUGUACUUUUUCUGAAAUAUCUAAUAAAAAUCUGAAAACUGGAAUUUUCAGCACAAAUUAUGGGACAGUUUAGUGACUAUAAACUAGUUCCUGAAUCGUCCCAUAAUUUGUGCUUAAAAUUCCAGAAUUUCUCAGAUUUUUAUUGGAAUUUCAGCGGAGAUGCGGAAGCUAUGCUCAAAUUUUCUGGAAUUUUUCAUGAAAAACUCUGGUUUUCUAGCUUGAAAUUGUCUGAAAAUCGUGAUUUUCAGCACCACAAAUUAAUUUCAGGUCCACCUCGUCCUGGUCAAAAAUCAGCGCCACAAAAUGGAAAUUCGGCCCAAGCAAUUCGACCACAACAAACAGAAGUCGAGCGAAAAUUGAUGCAAUUACGGAAAAAAGUUGAAGAUAUUGCCAUUUUGAAGGUAAUUAGCUUUUCCACGUGGAUUUUCAGCAUAUUUUCCCUCAUUUCAGACUCGAGUAGCAAAUGGUGAUCAAUUACAACCAAAUCAACUCGAAAAAAUCAAAAAAGAAGAGGAAUUUUUGGCCGAAAUUCAGAAAUUGACCAUCUGA